CGGCGCUGCCCGGCUCGGCCGGCUGCGGGGAGGCGAGGGAGGGGAGUCCCCGGGGGCUCGCUCCGUGCCCGCGGGAGCUCCUGCGGCUCGUCCGGAGCGUGGCGGGCUGAGCGCUCGGGCGCGGGAGCGGCGGCAGCCCCGGCUGCUCGGGGACGGCUGGAAGGUGCCUCAGCCCUCCGGCCGGCAGCUUUGGGUCUGGGGGCCCUCCCCAAGGAAUGAGGGAGUUUCCUCGUGUCUGGAGCUGGAAAUCUGCUCCCCGAAGGUUUAAAGUGCUGUGUUUCGUACCUAGUGCGUUUUUCAAUAAAGAGUGAGCUCCUCUUCAUGCCUCCCAGGUGCUGGAUGGAAGCAAAGCAAAACACUCCUACAGAGGUGAACCUCUUUCACUUCAGUUCUAAAGGUGUUUUGUAUUGGCAGCCUUCCAGCUCCAGAACAACUUGGCUCACGGAGGACUCAGCUUUGGAGCAGGAGGUGGUGGUACCUGAACUCUGCUUUCUUCCUCUGAGUUCAAACGCACAAACAAGGUUUCCUCUGAUAUUUGGGAAAGAGGUGGCAGCCUGUGGUGAAGAAAAGCAGAGAAACCUUUGGAUAGAUAAGGACAUAAACACACAAGAGCAUGUGUAUUUUCUCCUGAAGUCAUUGAUUGUUAAAGUCACCUCUAUGUUCUGCCACACAGAGAUGGUCAGCAGCCAGCCUGUCCCCAUAGCAGACAGUGGGAAAAGGAAAAAGAAGAAAAGAACCAGAGCCACAGAUCAGGUCCCUGGGAAGUUUGAAGACUUGUACAAGCUGACUGCUGAGCUGCUUGGUGAGGGAGCAUAUGCUAAAGUUCAGGGUGCUGUCAGUCUCCAAACUGGGAAAGAAUAUGCAGUCAAAAUCAUUGAAAAAAAUGCUGGGCAUAGUCGGAGUCGGGUUUUUCGUGAGAUAGAAACUCUGUACCAGUGCCAGGGUAACAAGAACAUUUUGGAGUUAAUAGAAUUUUUUGAAGAUGACACAAGAUACUACCUGGUCUUUGAGAAGCUGCGAGGAGGCUCAAUCCUGGCCCAUAUCCAAAAGAGGAAGCACUUCAAUGAACGAGAAGCAAGCAAAGUGGUGAGAGACAUUGCCUCUGCUCUGGACUUCCUUCAUACAAAAGGUAUUGCUCACAGGGAUUUGAAGCCUGAAAACAUCCUGUGUGAAUCUCCAGAAAAGAUAUCACCAGUAAAAAUAUGUGACUUUGAUCUUGGCAGUGGGGUGAAGCUCAACAGUGCAUAUACUCCCAUAACUACUCCUGAAUUAACAACGCCGUGUGGCUCUGCAGAAUACAUGGCACCCGAAGUGGUGGAAGUCUUCAUGGAGGAGGCCACGUUCUAUGACAAGAGGUGUGAUCUGUGGAGCCUGGGGGUGAUUCUGUACAUCAUGCUCAGUGGUUACCCCCCUUUCGUGGGCAACUGUGGCACAGACUGUGGCUGGGACAGAGGAGAAGUCUGCAGGGUUUGCCAGAACAAGCUUUUUGAGAGCAUUCAGGAAGGCAAAUAUGAAUUUCCUGACAAGGACUGGUCACAUAUUUCUUCUGAGGCGAAAGAUCUCAUCUCAAAGCUUCUGGUUUGUGAUGCCAAAGAACGACUUAGUGCUGCUCAAGUUUUGCAACAUUCAUGGGUUCAAGGACAGGCUCCUGAAAGGGGAUUGCCCACCCCUCAAGUUCUUCAAAGGAACAGCAGCACAAAGGACCUGACCCUGUUUGCUGCCGAGGCCAUCGCCCUGAACCGGCAGCUGUCCCAGCACGAGAGCGAGCUGAGCGCGGAGCAGGAGAGCGCCGCCCACGCUGUGUGCUCCAUGAAACUGUCCCCUCCCUCCAAAUCCCGCCUGGCCCGGCGCAGGGCCCUGGCACACGCCACCAAGACCAGCGACUUCCAGCCAGUUCCCCAUAAAGCCUUCUGAAGUUCUUUGCUGCUGUGGCGGGGGCAGGUUGAGUCUGUGUUCUUAUUUGGAUUUUCAGCGCUGAUAAAAGCUGCUCUGCUUCCGACACUUUGAUUAGGAGCUUGCUCUUGUGAUGUGACUUGUAACUUAAAGGGGACAGCUUUUUAUGGGAAUGUUUUUUGCCUGUCAGAUUUAGUGCAUUAAGAUAAUUCAACUGUUUGGUUGUUUUUUUAACUGCAGAAGAUGAGUUUGCUGCUGUAUUAUUAUUUGAGGUGAUAAAUCACUAAGUUUUCAUCAUUUUCUUCUUAGAAGAGCACAGUUUAAAAUGCAAACUUGAAUACAUCAGGAAAAACCCACGCUUUGCCGGGCAGAACAUCAAGCCUGCUGAUGGCUGCUCUUCUUGGUGGCACAUCUUGAAGGUGCUGCUGUUAUUGCCAGCAGUAGGGACUGUUCUCAACCAACAGUGCCCUCCUCUCUUUCUGUAGACUCAGGAAUGAAGGUGAUGACUGGGUGGAUCUCUGUCUCCAUUAUAUUCAUUACGCUUAAAUGGAAUGAGAUGGGACUGUAAAGGUGCUCAUAUUUCUAGAGAUGGAGAGAGCUCUGCAGCUUUUUUAUGUUGUUGAUAGUUUGUGUGUCAGCAUGUGGAGUGAAAACUGGGAGGAGUGGGGUUUUUAUCUGACAUAUCUUUGCCCUUAACUCUAAUGUACUCCAUACCAUCACUUUUUUAAUUUUCUGGAGUUUGAUAUCCAUUAUGUCCCCUUGGAACAGUUACAUUCUUAAAUCUGAUAACUGCAGUGCAACAGGCUGUUUAUGUAACAGUUUAUAUUUACUGUUAGGCUUUUUAAUUCUAAUGUGGGAUUUUAUUAUAUUAAUGCUAUCCUCAGCUAAACCUUCCUUUCUGUAAAAUUGUAUUUCUCCCAUGACCUUUUGUGUGUCCUACCUGGACUUCCUCAUGUGAACAGACAGACAUCAGUGAAUUUUGGUGUGUGAAUAAUUCAGAAAUGCCACAAGCAGAGUACAGCUGAACAAAAAUGGUGCUGCAGCCACAGAAUUCUGCCUCCUGUAGUAAUCUCAGGCUGGGUGUCUAGAUUUUUGCUUUCAGUUUCAAUACCGUGGUGCAACAGAGCCAAGAAUAAUUUGGAAGGGUUUUGGCUGAAAAGCUGAAGAUUUUAAGUGACCAAAAGGAGGUCCAUGGAGAAGGACACAGAUGUUGAGCACUUUCUGAAACAUAAGCUGUGAAAAUUGGGCCACUGAGAUGCCCAUGAUGCACCUUAACUUGUCAGCCCUUUUUGAAACCUUUUUCCAGGGCUUUUUGUGCAGGGGGGUGGAGGAGGCUCCCAAGUGCCGGCACAAAACCCUCCCAAGCAGACUGAGAAGGAAUGAAGUAGCAGAUGCAACAAGCACUUGGAAGUUGAAAGGUCAGAGCUGAAUGUCUUUGCAUGGCCUAUUCAGAGUGGUUUUACAACAUCAGUAAUAUCAGUGCAUAUAGCUAUUUUUAUAAAACAUGCUGUAUUUUGUGACUAAUAUUAAAGUUGUUAUUUAAAAGUUUUUAUACGUCGUGCCAGCCGAUGAAUGAUGAAAUGUAUUUUGCUUUUUUAAAUUAAAAUGCCCUAAGUUAUGUAUUUAACACA